CUUUACAACGAUGGCAACGAAGUAAUUUCAGGCAAUCCAUACACAGCCAAAAUCAUACUCGAAACAGGCUUAAAUAUUACAAAGACAUAUUAUCUCUUUGCAACAGAAAGCGAAGCUUCCAGCGCCUCUGUCACUAGCGUCAAAACAUCACAAAAUGUUAGCACUGCAACAGCCGUAGCAAGCACGAACAAGACAGAAUGGACUUUCAAAGUUAACGCUCCAGAGGAUCAUAAUAAGACAAAGUUACUUGUUGUUGUUGAGUUCGCCGCCAAUCAUACAUCCGAGUUAGGUACCGGCAAUGUUACAUAUUCUCUUGGAAAGUCUCCAUAUUUAUCUGCGCCAACUGUUGUUGCUGAAAAUCAUACAGGACCAUUCAAGGCCGGUGAAUAUAUUCCAGUUAAAGUUACAUUACAACACUUUGAGGCAAAGACAGGAAACUUCCAAUAUAGAUUCUAUGCAGAUCAGAAAUGGAUAGAUCUCCCAGACGACAAUGUAACUGAAGUAGAAACCCCAUCUGCAAUUAAGAAAUUACAUGCCGACGAAGGCAAAACAUAUCUACUCAACAUUCCAGCUCCAAAGUAUGAAGAUAUCAAAGAAGAUGGGAAAGUUAAACUUCAAAUUAGGUUAGCUGGAUCCAAAGAUCAAGCUCAAUCCAAUAUCAUUGAAACAGAGGUUUCACUUCAGAAACAACAAUACGUUGCACCAAGCCCUGAUGAUUCCAAGCCAACUCCAACACCUGAAAAUAGUGGACUUACUGGUGGACAGAAGGCUGGUAUUGUUAUUGGCGUUCUUCUUGCUGUUAUCCUUAUUAUUCUCAUCAUCUACUUCGUUUUCUGCAGGAAACCAUCUAAAGAUAAAUCAUCAUCUGAUAUCCAAGAUGAUUCCGGCUCCGGUGUUAAUGUGUAA